CCGUUCAUUUAUACUACUCAAAAUCUAUGCCGUCCAGUUAUGAGCCACAUCAGAUCAUCACUGGAUAAUUAAAAUUGGCGGCAAACAAUGGGUAUACAUAGGGUUUCUGACUGUCAAUUUACACUUCGUGAGAGCUUCUGCCAUUCUUUCAAUGAGUGAAUGAAUGAGAAACCCUAACCCUAAUUCUCUGCAACAAGUUAACGGAGGAUAGGGCAAAUAUGGAGGGAGAUUGCAGUCUUCAUGUUCCUUCAGAGCAUGCGUGGGAGCAAGCACAUGAAACCCUGGCUCCUCAAUGGCGUUCUCACAAAGCCUUUUCUUGUAUUGCAGUCCCAAUUUCGAUAUCCAAAGUUUUUCAGGUUGAUGCAGAAAGGUUAGAUGUUGAAAUUUCAGCUAUGUUGAAGGAACAACUGGUUAAGGUCUUCUCUUUUGUGAAACCAGGGUUCCUGUUCCAAUAUGAACCAGAGCUCAAUGCUUUUCUAGAGUUCCUUAUAUGGAGAUUUUCAAUAUGGGUUGAUAAGCCAACUCCUGGAAAUGCUCUUAUGAAUUUAAGAUAUAGAGAUGAGCGUGCAAUGACCAUGCAAGGAGAAGCAGUGCGCACAGGGUUAGAAGGACCUGGGCUUACUUUCUCACAAAAGCUUUGGUAUUGCAUGGCCACAGUCGUUGGGCAAUAUGUCUGGGCUCGUUUGCAAUCUUUUUCUGCUUUUCGAAGAUGGGGAGAUAAUGAACAGAGAUCAUGGGCACGCCGAACAUGGGUUUUAUUGCAACGUGUUGAGAGUUUAUAUAAAGCUGCCUCAUUUGGGAAUCUUCUGGUGUUCCUUUACCAUGGAAGAUAUCUCAAUCUUAUUGAGAGAGCUCUGAGAGCAAGGCUUGUGUAUGGGAGCCCUAACAUGAACCGUGCUGUUAGCUUUGAGUACAUGAAUCGGCAAUUGGUUUGGAAUGAAUUUUCGGAAUUGCUUUUGUUACUUAUACCUCUCCUUAAUGCCUCAUCAAUAAAGAAGUUCCUUCGUCCCUUUUCAAAAGAUCAACACUCUAGUUCUGCUGGUGGGGAUGAUACAUGCCCUGUAUGCCAAGCAACUCCUACCAUUCCGUUUGAUGCCCUUCCUUGUCACCACAGGUACUGCUACUAUUGUCUCCGAACUAGAUGCAUUUCGAACCCAACAUUUCAGUGUUUGCGCUGCAAUAUCCAAGUCCAAGCAAUGCAAAGACACAUCUCACAACUCAAAAAGAUUCCAGAUGCUUGAUUGCUAUUAUUGUAAAAUUCAAGAAAGCUGUACUUGAAAAUAAACAACCCAUGUAUGAGAAAACAAAUCCGAGAGUUGAUUGUUAGAAAAUCAUUACAUCCCUCAUUAUAUCUGACGAAUUGCCAACCUUUCAUUUCAACCAUUUAUCCAAAAAAAAAAAA